AUGUCCGGCGACCUUUACGUCGCCGAUGCCUACCUGGGGCUGAUGAGGGUGCCGGCGCAGGGCGGGCUUGCGGAGGUUGUGGCUACCGAGGCUGGCGGCGUGCCUUUUAACUUCCUCAACGGCCUAGACGUGGACCAGGAAACAGGCGACGUCUACUUCACAGAUAGCAGCACAACAUACCGAAGAAGCGAGAACGUACUGGUGGUGGCCUUGGGCGAUGAGACGGGGCGGCUGCUUCGGUACAGCCCAGGGACGCGCCGCGUCGCCGUGCUCCAUGCCGGCCUCUAUUACCCGAACGGGGUGGCUGUGAGCGCGGACGGAUCACACGUCGUAGUGGCGCACACGGCAACUUCCGAGCUGCGCCGGUACUGGGUUCGCGGUGCCAAGGCCGGCACGAGCGAGACGUUCGUGGAGCUGCCUGGGUUUCCGGACAACGUACGACCUGACGGGAACGGCGGCUACUGGGUGGCGCUGCGGCACGGCGUCGAUGACGGAGGCGUCACAGCACCAAUGGUGGCUAUGAGGGUGAGCCGUGAUGGCCACGUGCAGGAGGCCCUGUGCGAAUUCAGCUUCGAGACGGUGAGCGAGUUGAGCGAGCAUGAUGGCACGCUCUGGGUCGGCUCCGUCGAUGUGCCCUACGCUGGCGCGCUUAAAAAGUAACCGUGUUGUGGUUUCAUAAGCAGGCCAGUCGUUAUUGAUCGAGGUAUGUACUGUGAACUGUAUGUUGCGCAUUGCGAACCUAUUAGUGUUUACUAUGUGUGCUUUUAAAAAAAUGGUCUAUAUUCAAUUGUCGUUAAUCGAGUUUUAGCUAAAGAAUUUGAGUUUGGAAAAGUCGUUCUAACAAAGAUUUUAG